UCCCCCAAUUCUUGGUUUCUUGGAAUUCCCCCUCAAGAAAAUUCUGGUGGUUUAUUGCAGUUGGCUUAGUUGUGAGUUUGUUUUGCCUCCAUUUUGGAAAUUUUACAGGAUUGUUUAAAGAUGGACUCUGCUGAUAGGUACCGUUUGCUAAGCAUAGAGUCGGAUCUUCAAGAUAAUGUAGAUGCCAACCAUAUUGUGGAUCAUCUUAUUGAAAAAGGAGUCUUGGAUCCAGGCCACGAUGAACAGAUAAGAGCAGAACUCACACCUAAGGGUCGAACAAAUACACUGAUUCAGAUACUGCCAACUACAACACCCGAUGCCUUGAAACAUCUUCGAGAAGCCUUGGUGCCACAUCAUGGCUUCAUUGUGACGAAGCUCGACUCGAUUACAGUACCUGCUACCCAAACGUACACAACAGGAGCAGGCGCAGGUGGACUCCGAACAGCAGCAGCUGCCCUUAACAGAUCAAUCGUUGCUGACAACAACACAACACACACAUACAAUAUCAAAGGAGAUGACAACUUUGUCAUAAUUGGAGGGCAUAGCACAAACAUCAACAUACAUACAUAAUUGCGGCAGAACAGACGGGCGUAGACUUGUGGACAAGUUGUUAAUGGUCUGCCACCGUGAGAUAGUCAAGUCGUGGUGGUGUCGUAAUGAUUCAGGUUUCCGCGAUCGAAUACUGCUCUCGCGCGAUCACUGCUCCUCAGGCGAAGCUGCCGGCUGCCGACGACUACUCCCCAUUAUCGAAUUCGGCUGUAAGUGCCAAUAGGCCCUGCACAAAAUGCUGAUAGGGUUUUACAAGUCGUUAAUUGAGACCGUAGUAGUGAGAGAAGUAGUCUUGCGAGGGGGGGUCAGCAGUCUUGUAUAUAUCCCGCCAGUGUCGCGGAAAUCUCACGGAGAGAAAGUCAAAACGUUAGCACCUCGACAGACAUUUAACAACUUGUCUAUAGACCUUAUACAUUGACGUCAUCCAGCCGCCAUCUUUGAGGUCAAACGGUGAC